UCAUCAACGCCUUCCGAUACUACGGAACUAAUAUGCAUGAGCAAGUGAACAGAACAGAGAGACAGUUUAGAUCCCUCCCAGCUAACCAACAAAACCUACUUCCUCAAUUUCUUCUUCAUCUGGACAAGAUUCGGAAAUGCAUUGAUCAUAAUCAAGAGAUCCUACAGACCAUUGUGAACGAGUGCAAACAUAUGUUUGAAAAUAAAGAAUAUGGAGAAGAUGAAAAUGGGAAGAUUGUGCCAGCGUCAACGUUUGACAUGGAUAAAUUAAAGUCCACUUUGAAACAGUUUGUAAGAGACUGGAGUGAAACGGGGAAACCUGAGAGAGAUUCCUGCUACCAGCCAAUCAUUAAUGAAAUUGUAAAGAACUUUCCAAAAGAGAGAUGGGAUCUCUCCAAAGUUAAUAUCCUGGUACCUGGUGCUGGGCUAGGUAGAUUGGCCUGGGAAAUAGCUAUGCUCGGUUAUGCUUGCCAAGGAAAUGAAUGGAGCCUCUUUAUGCUCUUUUCUUCUAAUUUUGUACUCAACAGAUGCUCUGAAAUUAACUCUCAUAAACUUUAUCCCUGGAUUCAUCAGUUUAGCAAUAACAGGAGAUCUGCUGAUCAGAUACGACCAGUUUAUUUCCCUGAUGUUGACCCCCACAGUCUUCCUUCUGGUGCAAACUUUUCUAUGACAGCAGGGGAUUUUCAAGAAAUUUACUCAGAGUGCAAUAUGUGGGACUGCAUAGCAACCUGCUUCUUCAUAGAUACAGCGCAUAAUGUCAUUGAUUACAUUGAUACAAUAUGGAAAAUUCUCAAACCAGGAGGAAUAUGGAUAAAUUUAGGUCCUCUCCUUUACCACUUUGAAAACCUGGCAAAUGAACUUUCUAUAGAAUUGAGUUAUGAGGAUAUAAAAAAUGUUAUAUUACAGUAUGGAUUCCAUCUAGAGGUGGAGAAAGAAUCUGUAUUGUCUACAUACACUGUGAAUGAACUAUCCAUGAUGAAAUACUACUAUGAAUGUGUGUUGUUUGUGGUUAGGAAACCAGAGUUGCAGUGUUUCAAAUAGAUUCUUCAGAAAAAAUGCUGGAGAUAAUGCUAAAAUUUACAACACACAAUGGACUAGGUAAUGACUGGAUACAACCUCAAAUCAGUGGUGCCUUGUUUAUUCUUAACAGGAAUUUGAGAGUGUCUAUUUUCUUAAUACCUGUAUUGCUAUCCAGAUAUAUACUGUGCCAUGCAUAUUUGUACUGUACUAGUGAAAAUGGAAGAAAAUGUACACAUACACAGCCCUCAUUCAUCAGAAUGCAUACAAACAUCCCAUUUUCACAAGUAUAAAACUCCUGUUUUAAUGUCUGCCAUGAGGUUGUCCUGAUAAGACUGGUUUAAUAAUUAUUCAACAGUACUGAAAUCCAAAAUAAUUUCCCUUUUAUCUGCAGCUGUCUGUAACAUGCACAAGCUACAGCUCUCAGGAUCUGUUGGAAAGGAUGUACAAUUCUGUGUUUGAUAUCAGAACUGGGAAUGUUAUUUCCACUUUUGAUCUGAGGCUUAAAACAAAAAAUGUUUGUGUAUUCUCCCUGUUUUUAAACAAAAUUCUAAUUGUUUCCAUUUUUCCUUGUGACCUUAUGAAUGUUUAGAGGUAUAAUACAAGCUCAGCCACAGUUUAGAGAAGGAUUUCUUAACAUCAAUUUAAAAAUAGAAUAUUUACAAAAUCUGAAAUUAUUGAACAGUGCUAAAAAGUUUCUUGAAAGCUGCAUUUAUUG